AUGCGCGACGCCAGUGUUCGCGAAAAACCAGCUAGAUUGGAGGUUGCGGCGGUAAUGGGAUCGGUCAACAUGAGAGUCCCUUCUGGAUGGAACAUCACGAUCGACACUUCCACCGUCAUGGGCCAAACUGAGGAUAAGCGUCGUCUGAACGAUGCCUCAGAACGUGAUGUUGAUGUCAUCAUUACUGGUAGCGUCGUGAUGGGCAGCCUCGAGAUCGACGACUAA